UUUCUGCUGCUGCUGCUGAGAGCGAGCAGGCGGAGAGAGGAACGGCAUCUAAAAAACCCACUUGGAAAAACUACUUAUCGAUCCUUGUCUUGGCCUUGAGGGGGCGCCAGCAUGAGUCAGGAGUCACUGGAGUCUGAUGGAGACUCUGCUCAGGAUGUGUGUGACUUUAACUGGGACGACUACCUGGAGGAGACGGGAACCGUGUCCGUGCCUCAUCACGCCUUCAAACAUGUGGACCAGGGCCUACAGACCGGACUGAGUCCCGGCAUGAAGCUGGAGGUGUGCGUGCGCUCGGAGCCCGACGCCCCCUACUGGGUGGCCAACAUCAUCACCACGUGUGGGCAGCUGCUGCUGCUGCGCUACGAGGGUUACCAGGACGACCGGCGUGCCGACUUCUGGUGCGACAUCAUGACGGCGGACCUUCAUCCGCUCGGCUGGAGCCGCCAGCACGGCAAGACCAUGAGAGCGCCAGAGGGUGUGCGUGAGAAGCACCAGGACUGGGAAGCUGUGCUGGAAAAGGCCCUGGCUGAGGAGUGCAGCGUUCCUGCCAACCUCCUGGAACUGCCUCAGCGCGGUCGAGACCCAGUGGAGCUGCUCUGUGCCGGCUGCUACGUGGAGCUGCAGGACAGCGUUGACCCGGGGCUGGCCUGGGCCGCCGAGGUGGAGGAGAACGUCGGCGGACGCCUGAAGCUGCGGCUGGUGGGCACCGAGGGCCUCCCGGAUACACCGGCGACCGUCUGGCUCUUUUACCUCCACCCACGCCUCCACCCUCCCGGCUGGGCCACAGAGCGCGGCUGCGCCCUCAGGCCUCCUGCAGAUCUGCUGCCUCUGCGCACAGAGGACGAGUGGGAGGAGGUGAGGCAGAGGAUCAGGGACCUUCCUCAGGACGAGGCUCUGACUGCAGAGUUCAACAAGGAUCAGCCUGCCAUCGCUGCUCAUUGUUUUAAGGAAGCGAUGAAACUGGAGGCAGUUGACCCCGCUGCUCCGAUUUCAAUCAAACCUGCCACCGUCACCAAGGUGUUCAGCGAGCAGCACUUCCUGGUGACCAUGGAUGACCUUUGUGGUAUUGAGGAGUCCGAAGGUGCGGGACGCUCUUUCCUGUGUCACAGGGACAGUUCAGGCAUCUUUCCUGCUCAGUGGAGUCUCAAAAACGGACUCCCUCUCAGCCCGCCACCAGGAUACCAGGGUCCAGACUUUGACUGGGCAGAUUAUCUGAAACAGUGUGAGGCUGAAGCAGCUCCUGAGCACUGUUUCCCAACCGAGCAGUGUGACCACAGCUUCAAAGAGGCCAUGAAACUGGAAGCUGUCAACCCGCUGUCACCCGAGAACAUUCAUGUGGCAACAGUCACCAGGGUCAAAGGUCAAUACAUUUGGCUCAGCCUGGAAGGACUGAAGCAGCCGAUGCCAGAGCUGAUCGUUCACGUGGACUCCCUCGACAUCUUCCCCGUCAGCUGGUGUGAAACGAAUGGAUAUCCGCUCGUUUAUCCCAUCAAGCCCUCGGUGGAGAAAGAGAGGAAGAUUGCUGUGGUGCAGCCGGAGAAACACAGAACUCCUCCAAAGUCUUUGUCACCUGACACCGUCAAGCAGCAGAUGGCCAACCACUCGGAAUCAGGCCCUGGUAACGGGAAAUACUGCUGCCCCAAGAUCUACUUCAACCACCGCUGUUUCUCCGGGCCUUACCUGAACAAGGGCCGCAUCGCAGAGCUGCCUCAGUUCAUCGGCCCCGGGAACUGUGUCCUCGUCCUCAAAGAGGUGCUGACUCUGCUGAUAAACUCGGCGUACAAGCCGAGCCGCGUGCUGCGAGAGCUGCAGCUGGACCAGGAGAGCCGCUGGCAAGGACACGGAGAGACACUCAAAGCCAAGUACAAGGGGAAGAGUUACCGGGCCACUGUCGAAAUCGUCCGCACCGCAGACCGCGUGGCCGACUUCUGCAGGAAGACCUGCAUCAAGCUCGAGUGCUGCCCCAACCUGUUUGGACCGCGCAUGGUCCUGGAGCGCUGCUCGGAGAACUGCUCCGUCCUCACCAAGACCAAAUACACGUAUUACUACGGCAAGAAGAAGAGUAAACGCGUCGGCCGUCCACCGGGGGGCCACUCCAACCUGGAGGGGGGAGUGAAGAGGCGCGGGAGGAGGAGGAAGAGGAGGAAGCAGCUCUUUGUCCAUAAGAAGAGACGCUCUUCUGCCUCUGUGGACAACACACCUGCAGGAUCCCCGCAGGGAAGUGGGGAGGAAGAGGAUCUGGACGAGGACGACUCCCUGAGCGAAGACUCGGGAUCGGAGCUUCAGGACGACCUUCAGGAUGAUUCCGAACAAUCCGUGGGGAAAUCUCAGCCCACAACGCCGUCCCCCUCCCCGCCCGCGACGCCCAGACCCACGCGCCGGCGCCGGAAACCGCGUUCGCCGUCCUUCUCUGACGACGAGAACCGCCCCCCCUCACCAAAGACCUCAAAGACUGAGCCACCUCAGAAGCUGUGUUUGGACACCAGCCCCCUGGAGUGGAGCGUCACUGAUGUGGUCCGCUUCAUCAGGAGCACCGACUGUGCACCGCUCGCAAGGAUUUUCUUGGAUCAGGAAAUAGACGGACAAGCGCUGCUGCUGCUGAACCUGCCCACGGUGCAGGAGUGCAUGGACCUGAAGCUGGGACCGGCGAUCAAGCUGUGCCACCACAUCGAGAGGGUCAAGCUGGCUUUUUAUCAGCAGUUUGCUACGUAGCUGAAGGGGAGCGGAACACUGGACACGAUCACGUCCUGUUCUGUGUGUUUAAUCCUGUGAAAACACUGUUAUUUCCCUGGGUUUUUGUUUUUUUUUAACUUUUCUUACACUGGACAUCCUUUCAUAUCUCGCUUAUGUAAACAACACACUGUGUCGGACGAGCAAGAGGACAAAGGGACAUUUUUCUCGAUCGUCGUGGUGGGGACGAUUUAAAUCAGAAAACAGUUCAAGUGCUCGCUCUUAAAGAAAAGAACAGCUCAGAUAGAGACUAAAACAAAAGAAGAAUUCAAAGCACUUUUAUGCUCUCAGUAAUUCCAAAGGUCCUCAUCGACUUCUAUCAUUAUGACAGACUUGAGCUGAACAAGUAGAUUCUUCACCAUGUUCCAGUCAGAACUUUCUCUUAGUUGCCUCAGAUUUUUUUUUUAUUUCCUCUUUUUUAACAAUUCUUAUUUGAUGAAGAGUAACUGAGCUGGUUUGAUGUGUCCGUUCUGGACUCUCAGUCUGCCUGUUGUCUCUCAAGGCGCUUUUCUAUUGUACAGUUAUAGCUCAGCUCGGCACGGCAAGGCAUGACUACUCGUUUGGUGUCAUGUGCGUCAUUUGGCGGGAAACUGCAGCAACGUUGUUUUCUACACGACACAAACACACAACCGUGUAAAGCAGUUGUUUUGGGUGUAAAUGAAUCAUUAGAAUCGGUUGAUUUCAAAAGAUUUGUUCAAAGAAUCGUGAAAUACCACUGAGCGUUGGGUCAAACCCACGACUGCCGGCUUUCAGCACCGCUGUCUCUAAACACACCAGACUCCUCUGUUAAAUGUUGACAUUUUAGACAUUUCCGUUGCUAAAUUGGAGAUUUACGUAAAGUUUUCAGUCUUUUAAAGUCUUUUUAACUGAGCUACAUUUUUGAUUCUUGUGCCGGACCUUGCGCUCGUGACUCUUCCAGUGACGACACUCUCUGGCAGUCUGUUGACGAUCGGCUCAGCCUCACUUGGAACCGCGUCGGGUACUAUCACUGAUGGAAAAGCAAAAGCAACGAGUCGUGUUAGAACUGUGAUACAUUGGACCCGAUGGCCGUAGUUGAUGACCGUCCUUGGUCCUCGUCGGGUCCUUGUUGGUUUCGCAGCUUUUAGACCCUGGUCAGACCUGGUAUUAAAGGAAUACUUCACCGAUUUGCGCUUAGCUUUGUAUUA